AUGGCCAGAAACCGACAACGAAUCCUUUCGUCUAGCAGUUCCGAGCUCUCCCCUCCUCCCCCUUCCUCUCCGCCGCCAACCCCCAAGCGAGACCCGGAGGACUCGUAUGAGGAGGCUACCGAAGUAGACACGCCCCCUUCGCUGACUGCGGAGUCUUACAAAGGCACAAGCAACAGCCAGACGAAGGAGGAGAAGGGAGAGAGGAGCCUCUCAAAAAAAGCGACGCUCGUAUUCAGCUCUCAAGUUCUUCAACCCAGCCCCGGAGGAGGCGAUUCGGAGGUGGCAAUCGACGACAAAUCGUUCCCAGCAGGCCAGACGUCUGAAAAGACGGUCAACGGUUCCUCUGUGCUAAUUGACAGAUCCUCUUCCUCGACGAUCGCGGUCAUCUCUCGAAAGCCUUCGCAAGGUCUUUUCUCCAGCUCCAUUCCCGCUCCGCUCCCACCCUCCCCCUUGACCCGCCAGACCUUCGACGAGGCCACCGAAAUUGGCACACCCCCAUCGCAUGAUGCACCUUCUUCACCCACUCCUCGACGGGCGCCCAUCCACUUGCCUCUCCCCUCCUCGUCUCCCGACAAAGGGCACACGGUCUUUGAUAUCCAGGGCCUGGUGAUAUCCCCCCGGGAUACUCUUCCCUUCACGUUGGACGACCUACCGACCUGCCCAAAGCCUAUCUACCCGAUUGCCAAGCACCGCGGCGUCUUCCAAUUUGGACUCCCUUCCAAUUUGGAGGAGUGCAGGGAAGCAUGGGACUCACUCUGGGAUGAGGAUGUCUGGAGUGACCGUAGCUUCAGGACUGUGAGCAGCACUAAGCAUAGGAGGCUUCUUAAAAACGUCGAGCAGAAGAAGGAUGGUGCGGUCGAAGAGCUGGACGCCUUCAAAGCUCAUCGCGCUCGACUUCACCGAUGGCUGAUCAGUGUCUGUCGACCGCUUUGGACUGUUCUAUCAGGCGGCAACCACGGCACGAUGGAGGCCGGUGAUAUCGGCUUCAAUGGCUUAUUGGCUGAAGAGAUAUGGGGCAACAGGGGCAAGCAGCUCCACAAGUACUUGGCGACAAUCAGCACCUACCGAACGGACAUGGAGUACAUCUUUCCCAAGAUGCACUGGACCAUCCUCAAGCUGCAAACCCAUGAUCUGGGAUGGGACUUCUCCAUUGGCCAGCCGAAGGACGCCUUUAAGGAUCGCUGCCUUGCCAACCUCUUGUCGAACGAGAAGCUAAAGAAGUUACUCGAAAAGAUCAUCCACCAAGGGGCUUGCCUUUUGUUCUACUCCGGAUGGUCUCACAGAGACUGUCUCGAAGAGGGUGCUGUGCGAUUCGGCCACAAGGCCGUCCACGACUACCUGCGAGACGCUUUUCUGGAGGAAGGGGUCUGGGAGCAAGCAAGGGUCAACGACUUUGAGCGACAGUGGAUGGUUCCUGAGCAAAAGGAUCAUAGGCUCAGGCCGCUCCUCCUUGACACCAACAGGAAGGAUCCUUCUUUGGCGCAAGAACUGGCGAGGGCGAUUGUCGAGCGUUACAAGGAAGCUCGGGAUGUGGGCGAGGAAAUCUCGAUCGAGAAAGUCUCUCCGGGGCAGAAGAUUCAUGCUCGAGGGGGUCGCGUCCUCCAUCCCUUCGCCCCUGUGUACGGCCGAUUCAACCGCCAGAGCAACGAGGUCGACCCCGCCGCGGCAGACUUCUUCAAGUUUGACCGCAACCUCCGCCGCCACGCCCGAAGUGAAGGCAACUCUUUCUUUGAGAGUCGUCUCCCACCUGUUGCUAAGGGCUCCAGCCAGUUCCGAGGCAAAGAUUGGGACCACGUCCAUGACGCGAAGAUGGUGACCGCUGGUCUUGUGGUUGAGCUCCCCAACCUCAUCAACACCGUCGACGACGCCUUUUGCGGCCUGAUGCUCCCAAAGCUUCAGGAAGCGCGGCUCACCAUCCCCAACCUUCGCCGACGUCUCCUCUCAAUUGCCACAUCCCUGUCCCCCUCCGACCUCCCCACCAAGGCGCUCUCGGCCCCGCGUGGAGGAGCUGCUCGCUCUGGUCUCGAAGGCAUCACCUCCGGGUUCGUUUACUUGGUGCCGACCGAGUCCCAGAAGGAUGCUAUGGUGCUGCAGGUAGCAACAGAGAUCCGCGAGGUUGAAGAGCGGAACAGACAAGACCUUGCCCCAGUCGACCUCGAAGCGGGCUUUGAGGCUGUUGGCAAGCUAUUCGAGAGAGACUGGACAGCUGGAAGUGGUCUGGUCAAAGACGAUGCCGAACUUGUCCUCACCUUCCUCGACGACCUCUACGUCCACCCCUCUCUGCAAGCCCCCCAGCCUCGAGCAUCGUACAGCCUGAGCCAGGUCUCAUCAGUCGUCUGCCGGCUCUUCAUGCGAGUCGCGCACCACUUUUCCUCGCGAGCCAACGAGGAAAUAGCGAUGGACUUUCUCGAGCUGGCCUUCGACGUGCUCUUCCUCGGCAUCCACAUGCAGACUCCGGUCUUUGGAGGCGCGUGGCUUGAUCUGCGCAUCGCCAAGAUUGGCGAGAAAGCGUGGGAUGUUAAGGGAGUCCGAGAGCUGCCCGCCGUUGUCGCCCGUCUCGUUGUCGACCUCGUUGCAGUCGAUAUCAAUCUGUCUGUGCUUUGUUCAAGACAUUGGCGCUCUCCUGGUAGUAAGACGAAUGCGACUGUUCGUUUGAGCUGGAGAUCUGUUCUGGGUGACGAUGCGAAGAACCUUCCGGCCAUACAUGCCAAGUUCAUCCACCAUCUGAUUCAGGACCAGGAUCGAAUCUGCGGCAUUGGUCACUGCUACGAGCUGCUGACGUAUGACCCUCGUCAGCGGAUCUUUAUCAAAGGCCAGAGCAACCCCUCGCGCAAGUCGUUCGUCUCGGUUCAGCAGCACGUCCCACGCGGCAACGUCGACCUUGGUGAUGGCAUGCCCUCCUUCCCAUCCUUCGAUUGUGCUUGGGUUAUUGGCUGCUCUCCCUACAGCCAGUCUGUAACAAUCUGUGUCUCACGGUAUGUUCAGAUCAUCCACACGACACAGCGAAAGGCCGGAGGAAAGGGUCAUGAUGGUGUCUUGGCCAGGUCGUCUCUCAGAUUCAACAUCAACAUGACAUCGGCGUCUGAAUCCCAAGACAGAAAGGUCGAGUUGGUGGAUGACGAAGACGAGGAUCAGGUGCUGAGGCCGGGCGCUGCUGAGGAUGAUGAGGACGAAUACUGGGAAGCGGAAGGUCGGGGAAGGCGGUCGAUGGACGAUCUCGAGGAAAGGGUGGUUGUGGAAGGCUCGUCGAAGGACCACCAAGUGUCUAGUCUUGUGCCGGGGAGUGAGUUGAGGAGGCAAGGGAAGCCUGAGAAGAGCAAGCGAAAAGCUACUCCGGAAUUCUCGACCGAGACAACCAACGCCGACCCCACCGAGGUCGGAUCCAAGACCAACUUGCUCGCCGUCCAGAUCCGAACCCGAAAGGGUCUCAAGCCCGACGUGCCUCCUCUCGACUACUACUACGACAAGCUUUAA